AUGAGUGAGUCCGCAUCUGCCGGAGGUGAAGACACAGACUCUGAAGGGGUUGCUGCCGUGCCAGUUCCCGAUACCACGCCUCGCGAUGCGGACGCCACAACUUCCGGAGCCCGGAUGAUGAUGCAACACCCAUUGUUGGCGGCAGCCGCAGUUGCCGUCUAUGCCACCAGAGUCAUAUGGGUCAAGUUGCGUGUGCUCCGGUUGGCCAAACAGUUGCGCCUCCAAAAGCAAAGAUUUAGGAUGUCUAAUCCCUGGCAGGACAAUGAAUCUGGCUCUGAGGCAGAGAGUGAUACCGAUGGCAAGGAAGGCGAUUCUGAUGAUUCUACAGAUACAGAUGUGAAUCGUAUUAGAAUUCGGGUUGGUGUGCCGCAAUAGUUUUUCAAGAUGAUUUUCGAAUUUAA